CUACGAAGGUAGAAUAUGUGCCUAAGAAAUUAUCGUAAAACUUGUGCCCUAAGAACACAUUCUGCCUUCAUCUAUUUACUGACGCGAAAACAACCCUAACCCCCUCUUGCUCUUGGUGCGAUAUUUUCAACCUUUUGAGUUGCAGAAAUUCAUAUCAGGGUGUCAAACUGUAAUAUUAAGAAGACAAAGAAGAGAUCCGGGACUUGGAGGUGAUCAAGAGCAUUUUCGGCUUCCCGUUGGGUUCCCUGCCGGUGAAGUACCUAGGAGUUCCCUCACCGAUCAAGAGCAAGCUCAACAUCAUGCACUACUCGCCACUAAUUGAGAAGAUCGCAUCCCUCACCAAAAAGUGGGCAGGUAAGAAUCUUUCUUAUGCCGGUAAAACUGAACUUGUGCGCUCUGUUGUGCAGUGAGUCGAGUGCUACUGGCUACAAGUCUUUCCCCUGCCGGAAAACAUGAGGGACCGGAUCAUCUCUACCUGCCGUGAGUUCCUUUGGGGUACGAAAUACCCCCCGGUGGCUUGGAAGAAACUCUGCCUACCGAAGAAUGAAGGGGGACUAGGCUUUCAGGACCUCGAGGCGUGGAACAAGGCACUCUUGGCUCGGAACCUGUGGAACAUUCAUACCAAGACGGAUUCCCUGUGGAUCAAAUGGAUCCAUAGUGAGUUUCUCAAGAACAGGACGCUGUGGGAAUGGAUGAUAAGAUCACGGGACUCACCACUGUUCAAGAGGCUACUUGAAAUACGAGAUGAUUUGCUAACCGACCGGCCGAGAAGAGAAGUGGAGAAGAUGCUGGGACAAUGGUACGGGAGCAAGGGAGUGGUCGAGGCAUACCAGUGGUUCAGGCCAAAAGGAGAACGGCGACUGUGGCACAGAUUUGUGUGGAAGGAGUUUGUCCCACCAAAGUACUCCUUCACUACUUGGCAAGCUCUCAAAGGACGACUUCCAACGAGGGACAGACUGGGCUACAAGAACAUCGAUCAACGCUGCCCCUUGUGCAUGGCGCACACGGAGUCUGUGGACCACCUUUUCUUCAAAUGCCACAAGACUUGGGCAGUUUGGAAGGAGAUCAAAUCUUGGCUGGGAAUGCGGAGGAACAUCACCACCAUACCGAGCGCCAUCAAGUGGAUGAUCAAGGAAAGAAGUGGCGCGACAAUCAUCUUCAAGGCUAGAAGGCUAGCCCUCAUCGCAAUGGUCAGCCUAAUGUGGAGAGGCAGGAAUGCCUUGAUUUUUGACGGAUCAGCAUUCAAACCCAAGCACUUGGUGUUCGAAGUGAAGAAGGUAACAUAUGCAGUGUUAUACUCCCUUUAUCCGCAUGAACAAGUGACCGAGCACUUGGGAGUUUAGCGUUGCUCUCGGCCACGGGGGUACUCUUUUUCCUCCUAGGGAUUUUUUCCCAUCGGGUUUAUCUCUAGGAGGUUUUAACGAGGCCCUACCCCUACCUUCAUUGGGGUAACGUGGACGGUAGCAAUGAGUACAAGCACACCUUGAUGGAAAGAAGUACCGACGCAAAUCAAGUGGAUCCCAUCUUGAAGACUUUAACCGAAGUGAUGUCUUAUGUUGAUUUUGUUGAUGCAUUGAUAUUAUAUGUUGUUUUUCGGUUUGUGAUACCAACUCUUAGGGCUUUGUUUCCCUAGAGUUUACUUCCCCCCCCACCGGCCUACAUAGCUUCGGCUUUUAGGCAUGUAUCCCUCGGGUAUGCCCGUGUCUUGCUUAUACUUUACUUUUUGCCUUUAUAUUCCAUUCAUUGAUUCAUCAAAAAAA